UCUGCGUAACAAUUAGUUUUGCGUAGAAAUAUGCAAUGAAAUGUUUCAAGAAACAUUUCUUCUCUUAUCUUGACGUCUACUUCAAAUGAGAAUUUGAAAAUCUAGUAACCACUUGUACAAUUGCCAUAUCAACGUGUUCUUCAAACGUGUAGCUUCAUUACUUCGUGACAGUUUAGAACGCGAAUAUGGAGGGUCUGACACAGCAAAAAACAAAACGUCGUCGAUUGAACCCAAUUCAUCGCUGGACAAGUGAUGAAACCAGGGACAUGCUUGAGACGGUUUUGGAUGAAGUGAAAAAUAAUCCUGAAUUAUUCGAGAAACCAACAGCCCAGAUGUUCUAUGCCAGAAUAAUGGAAAAAACCGCAUGCGUACGCGCACUCAAUUGGAUUGUGCUAAAAAAUAAAAUGAGAAAUCUAAAAUCUUCAUACAUAUCUGCAUCUACAUGGAAAAGCCAAACUGGUGCUGGACUUCUAUCAGAAGGAUUAGAUAACAGCGUUACAGAAUACAUACAAAGGGUGUGUCCCUUCUGGAAUAUUCUUGAACAAAUUUUUGGCCAACGUAAGAAUGUGAAUCCAGCGAUCAUCAUCGAAACAUCACAUUCUGGUUUUAAUGAAUCAGUGAGCUAUGAUCAACUUGAAGAGCCACUUACAUUACCUGAAGAGCCAGCAAAUGAAAUAUUCGAUGGAGAUGAUGCAGCUUUCAAUUUCGACGAUGUGUCUGGAGAAAAUCUAAUUUGGGAAGAUACCAGACCAGCAUCCGAUGCAGAAAUUGAAACAAAUUUUGAUCCAGAAGUGAUACAUAAUGAGCAGGAAGAAAUCAACAUCGAGUCGUCAGAUACACCUACAACAUCGACAAGAAACAGGAACUUGGAGACAUUAAAAACUAAGUUGAAGCAGGGACAAAGAAAAACUAAGUGUUCCUUCAAUUCAGGAUCAAUUUCAGCACUUGUUGCAAUGCAGGACAAGAAAUUGCUUUUUGAGGAAAAGAAGUGGGAGAGACAAAGGGAGUUCGAUGAACAAAAGUUGGAAAUUGAGAAAGAAAAGAUCAAUUUGGCCCGAAUGCAAAUAGAGCAGCAAACGACUAUCCGAAAGUUAGAGAUAGAACGUGAUGAGCGCCUUGCCUUGGCCAACAUGAAAAUAGAAGCCGAAGUGCGGGAACGUGUUCAGAAAUAUGAAUUAGAAUUAAGGGCACGAUACAAUAACCAUUAA